AUGGACGAACUCGAAAAGCUGCGAAAGCAGCUCCGUGAAGAGCAACGCCUACGUGAAGAGGAGCAACGCCUACGUGAAGAGGAGCAACGCCUACGUGAAGAGGAGCAACGCCGUCGUGAAGAGGCCGAGGGCCGCGUUCUGGAAGAACAACUGCAACGGGAAGAAGAGCAACGCCGACGCGAGGAGGCUGAAGAACGUGCGAGUGCAUCACAGCCACUGACACUUCACCAAUACCUUGAAACAUGUCAUUCGCUCAGCACCACUAUCGAAGUCGUGAGCGACCGUUCCCUGACGACACAAGGGGAGACGACGAAUCCGACCGGCCGAAUCUACCCUCAGCGCAUCAUCCCAUGGACUACAUUCCCAACGAGACAAGAAGAAGUUUGGCAUCAGCUCUCCUUCAGUCCCUCGUUUUCUUCCCGAACCGCCUUUCCUUCCCGACACCAGUUGGAAUAUGUGAGGUCCCUGCUUCAUCCUGUUAGUAGCGAGCUUGGUCUCCGCAACUCUCAGCGUGAUGUCGUGGAAAACGCAGUCCAGAAGUUGGUGGACGAGACAUAUAAUGACCCGUCGCUGAGGAGCCGUCUCGGCCUUCACGGAACUAUAACGUUCGAAAGCCACACUAAUCUUGGCAACGCCGAGGAGUCACUCUCUGAGUCUAUGGAGCAAAUGUCUAUGGGCACCGAUAGCAGUGAAGCAGCGACGACGCAACUCCCCAGACCACCCAACCGAGCCACUCAUCGCCGGAAGGCGCGGGGCAAAGGCAAUCGAGCAGAUCAGUUCUGCAUAUACCGUACCUCCGACGAUCGAAAUAUCCCAACAGUCGCGAUCGAAUACAAACCACCACACAAGUUAAGUCGGGAUGAAGUUGUCACAGGCCUGGUAUCGAAGAUUCAACCAGAUCAUGAUAUAAUCAACAAGGAUGGUGAAGGCUUUGCAUUCGCGGCGAAACGGCUUGCCACCGCCGUUGUGACCCAGCUCUUCUCCUACAUGGUAGGCAAGGGCAUCCGAUACGGAUAUGUGUGCACAGGGGAGACGUAUGUUUUCCUCCACAUUCCGGAUGAUCCUUCCUGCGUCUAUUACUCCGUCUGCGUACCGAGUCUAGAUUUCCAAGACGACGACGAGACGCGACUCCAUCGUACGGCUGUCGCACAAGUCUUUGCCUUUGUCCUUCAGGCCAUCCGAUCGCCACUGCCAUCGCAAGCCUGGCACAGCGCUGCCGAGAACCUCGACAUAUGGUGUGUAGAGUAUGAGGAUGUGUUGAGGAGCAUCCCUGAGACAAAGCGUAAGGAGAAGCGUGCAACUCCUUACAAACCACAGCGUUGGAAGGGAUUCAAGCGCUCCCCGAUUCGGACACGGUCUCGAUGCUUGCCGGCAGAAGGUGGAACACGGCAACCGAGUAGUGAUGAUGAAAACGACCAUCACGAGAGUCCUUCGCCAACUUUCGACCGGGCAAACCGUCGCAAAGAACCGCCGGCCAUCCCAAAAGACACCAGGUCGGGCGAGAUUAAAGAUCGUGGCGGAACUCAGCGAGGAAACUCUAUGCGACAGAAUAUUCAAGCCCGGCCAUACUGCACUCAUAAGUGUUUACGUGGACUAGCGUUCGGUGACCCAAUUGACAAAGAAUGCCCCAAUAUGCCGGAUCACGGAAGCUUCCACAUCGACCAACAACAAUUUCUUGUUUUGAUUCGCAGCCAACUCGCAGUGGAUCGUGGGCCCGAGGCCGAUUGUGUGCCGCUCCAUCUAUCAGGAUCACGCGGAUCGCUCUUCAAAGUGCGUCUGUCGUCUCAUGGUUACACUCUUGUUGCGAAAGGCGUUGAAGGAAUGGAUGCUGCGCUGCUGCGUCAUGAAAAUGAAGUCUAUGAUUGCAUUCGUGCCCUGCAGGGGGAGUACGUCCCAGUCUGCCUCGGUACAGUGGACCUCAUUGAGCCAUACUACUUUGAUAGUGGCGUAUUUAAGCACUUUCUGUUUAUGAGUUACGCCGGCCGACCAGUCUUCAAGUCCGUACAGGCCAAGGCGGGCAUCGUCGAUAAGAUUGUCACUGCGUUCACGGAACUACACAAGCGCCAUAUUCUACACUGCGAUGCGGAGCCACGUAAUGUUCUCUACGACGUACGCAUUAGCAGAUGUAUGAUCGUGGACUUUGAGCGGGCAAGUAUCCAUACUCGUCAACCUCUGGGGCCUAUCAGCCCCAGCGGUCAAAAUCGGAAGAGAAAACGGACGCUUGAGAAGGAUAAGAGAGAUGUUUUCACCAGAGAGCUACAAGCCUUGCAGUUGGCUGCCCAGAUGGGGCGCGCAUUGUCGGCGCCAAAAGAUCAGGGAAAGCGGCCCCAGGGCAUCCAGAAGCACAGAAUCACCCGUCGCACGACACGUCUCCAGCAGAAACCGACUCGCGAGGGCUCUAACUAUGAUCAACUGCAUCCAUAUUCGGUUAAGAAGAUUUUAUCUCAACAAGUUUCCCGGACACCUGGCAAGCGUAGCACGAAACGACGCGUUGACGCACUCGAUCGCAACUUUGACUCCUCCGAAGCGGACUCGGCGAUCUCCUAG